AUGAAGCUGCUGAGAGUCCUUGUGCUGGUUGCACUCCCCCUUUACUGCUUUGCUGGUUCUGGAUGCCUACUUCUAGAGGAAGUGGUUAACAAAACAAUCAGUCCUGAAGUGAGCAUUAGUGAAUACCAAAAUUUUCUUCAGGAUUUUGCUCAGACUCCUGAGGAAAAAGAGGCCUUGGCUGAGCUGAAGCAAUGUUAUCUCAACCAGUCAAACGAAACUCUGCACAACUUUGCACAGAUGAUGCAAAUAAUGUAUUCCAGUGUGUGGUGUGCCAUUUUUUAA